AUGGAUCGCUCCUCAUCAUACGUUCAACGCGGUCGAUGGGCCACAGCGCCAUUGUCCUCACUGGUUGUUCACAAACUUGGAUCCAGUUUCGUGGUCACAACGGUCUUCCUUCCUUCCGCACUAGAAACACUGGUUGAUUUCAUCGAGUCGGUUUUGAGACAACUGCUCAUUAUCGGAACGACUCUUGGCGUAGACGAUCCACCAGGAUACUGA